AUUCGUUUCUAUGCCGCCGCCUGCAGUGCAGGAGUGUAGGUGCAGACACCUAUCUAGCUAACUAGCAAGCAUAGUAUAUUCCUAUCUUUUUUUGGCAUGCCUGUUUUGAUAAAUAUACUAUAUUUUGGAAGGGUACAAAAACGACAUUGCAGACUGUAGCCCUAUAUAUUGCUGACUGGCCCUUUGUGCCAAACCGUACGGUAACACUUGUCAGACAACGUAGAGCUGAGCAGUUGUAGCGUCUGACUAGUCAGCUACAGUACAAAGCAGAAGCGUCAGGGUAGCUAGCUAGCUAGGCAGGUCUUAAAAUCUAACUAAAACAAUCAGGUCACACUCAUCUGGUAUCUUUUCCAAAAUGUCUUAUGCAAACGCAAGAAAUGAACCGACCCAAGCCCACCAGUCACCCAGUCACGAAAAUGAAAAAGGUCCAGAGCCGAAGAGGUUGCACUGUUCCAUCUAUGGCUGCAGGCGAGUGUACACGGAUACAGACUCGCUGAGCAACCAUGUCCAGGAUCACCACAUCCACAGCCAGUCCCUCCCUGGCAAAACUUUUCAUUGUUCUUCCCCUGGUUGCAAUGGCUCCUUUUCCAGCAUGCAAGACCUAAUGAAGCACACGAGGAACCACCACAAACCAAACAUUUACUUUCAGUGUGAGAGUUGUCGUUCCAAGCUACGCACCUACCCAGCUCUCUUGAAACACCUCCACACCUGUUCUAAGGUGGCCAAAGGAAAGAUAGGGAAGACUGCUGAACAGUCCAGCCAUGACCAGUUACUUGGCCCGAACACUCCCUCUGACAUUCUCCCCAGCCCUAACCCAAAUCCUAGUACAUCUCCCAUGGACACGGACUCCUCUAAUGCUCACCAACAACGGGAGUCAGGUACAGCUCCACAUCUGCUACCCUCCCAACUGCAACUCCCCAAAAAGUGCUCUCUUCUGGCACCAUCUUCCACAUGUUUCCCGCGUGCUGAUUCCCAGUUGCAGGCUCAGUCCCAGUCUCAACCUCAGACCCAGAGCCAAGUCCAGGACCAGACACCCAACACAGACAACCCAGAGCAGCCAGAGGACCAGGCUCCUCCUCAGAUGCAGCAGCAAGCAGAGCCGAGCGUGCAGGACCUCCCUGCUCUGACAAGCUCCUCUCAGACAUCUCCUGGGUCCAACGCUGUGUGGAGAAAGAACCAAGGCACGUCCUUCAACAGCCGCAUUGUCUGGGAACACAGUAGGGGGCGCUACACGUGCGUGCAGUGUGGCCAAUCCUCUGAAAGCCGCCAGGAGAUGACAGCUCACAUUGAAAUCAAUCACAAGAGUCCAAGCCUAUACACUCAAUAGUAAAAUGGGUACUCGUUGGUCUGUGUUGUUUUGUUCAUUUGAUGGCAGAGUAGUCCCUGCCCUCCAACUGCACUCUACUGGGAUAGAUUGAUGAUAAAAUGGGACAAAUUAUUUCCCUCACUUCCACAGACUUCUCACUGGGGUUUUCACCUCACAAAACCCUACAGAUCCUGAAUGGUAUUCUGGCAAUCUGAUGUUUUUCUCUUCUUUCAUGAAGCAACGAUGACAUCUGGUGGUAUAUUCCAACUAUUCAAGCGCUUGAGUGUCUUAUGCGGUAUUCCUUAUGCAUAAUACUGAGAAUGGAAAAACAAUUUCUAAUUCACAAUUUGUAACACC